UAUGACGUCAUGAUUCUGCACCGCAUUCCUGCAUCUGUUGUGAUUCGCCUGUAACAAGAGGACGAUGCAGAGAUGAAUGGUCACGCGCAGAUAAGCGCGGCAUUGGCCUGCAGUCGUGAGCCGACCCAAAGCCGACGAGCUGGAAAUAGAGCUCUGACUGAAGAUACGCGCCUAUGCCUGGCCGAUCCUUAUUAGAUGUUACAGAUAUGGGGCCGACGUCGGCCACACGUACGUGUGCUAUCUAAGGACCCAAAAUGUCCCAAGAACGUUGUUUUUGUUAUAAGGUGCAUUAGCACACGAGUAACAGAAAAGAAAAACUCCUGGAGAAACCACUGAGAUCCAUGCGACAAACUAUUAUAAAGAUGGCAUUUAUUAAAGAGGAGAGUGAAGAUAUAGAGAUUGAAGAAGCAUUCAGUGUGAAACAUGAAGAAACUGAGCAACAAACAGACCUGAUGGCACUGAAAGAGGAGAGUCAAGAACUGAAUAAUAUGGAAGAAAAAGAUGAGAAACAUGAUUUCAGAGAAAAAACAUCCACACAGACUGAAAUGACUUCCUCGCAAAAAAGAGCUCAGAACAGUUCUAACAGUUAUUUCACCUGCAGUCAGUGUGGAAAGAGUUUCAGUCAAAAACAAAAACUCAAAGUCCAUAUGAGAGUUCACACUGGAGAGAAGCCUUUCACAUGCCAACAGUGUGGAAAGAGUUUCACUCAAACACAAAGCCUUAAAGUCCAUAUGAGAGUUCACACUGGAGAGAAGCCUUUCACAUGCCAACAGUGUGGAAAGAGUUUCACUCAAACACAAAGCCUUAAAGUCCACAUGAGAAUUCACGCUGGAGAGAGACAUUUCACCUGCAAGCAAUGUGGAAAAAGUUUCAAUCGAAAAGGAAACCUUAAUGUCCACAUGAGAAUUCACACUAGAGAGAGCCCAUUCACCUGCCAACAGUGUGGAAGCAGUUUCAGUCAAAAAGGAAACCUUAAUGUCCACAUGAGAAUUCACACUGGAGAAAAGCCUUACACUUGCUCUCAUUGUGGACAGAGUUUUACUCAUAAAAACACUCUUAGUUCCCACAUGAAAAUUCACACUGGAGGAAAGCUGUUUGUAUGUGAUCAGUGUGAAAAGCACUUCAAAACAGAAAAAAGCCUUAGAGUUCAUAGAAAGAUUCACACCGGAGAGAAACCAGUCACAUGUGAUCAGUGUGGAAAGAGUUUUACAAAUAAAGGAAACCUGAAUGUCCACAUGAGACUUCACACUGGAGAAAAGCCUUAUACUUGCUCUCGUUGUGGGCAGAGUUUUACAAUCAAAAAAUCACUUAAUACCCACAUUAAAAUUGCACACUGGAGAAAAGUGUUUGUAUGUGAUCAGUGUGGAAAGCGUUUCUCAACAGAAAUGGGCCUUGGAUAUCAUAUGAACAUUCACAUGUGAUCAAGUGUGGAAAGAGUUUCACACAUAAACUAAACCUCAAUUUCCACAUGAGGAUUCACUCAGGAGAGAGAGCAGUGUUAUAUAUCAUUACUGUGGAAAGAGAUUCACACAAAGGAAACCUUAAGACUCACAUGAGGCUUCACACUGGAGAGAAGCCUUUUAUGUGUCUAGAGUGUGAGAAGAGUUUCACGUAUCAAGGAGACUUGAAACACCAUUUGCAAACUCACUCUGGAAAGAAAUUCCAAUGUUCUGCAUGUAGUAAGAGG